AUGACUUCUAGACCUCAAAUCCACGUCCACGACGCUAAGGAAGCUAACAAGCAAACCGCUACCAAGCUCACCCUCCCCGCUGUCUUCACUGCUCCCAUCAGAACUGAUAUUGUCCACAAGGUUUUCACCGACCUUAACAAGAACAGAAAGCAAGCUUCCGGAGUCAAGAUUUCCACCAGAGGUACUGCUGGUAUGGGUCACUCCGCUGAAUCUUGGGGUACUGGUAGAGCUGUUGCUCGUAUUCCCAGAGUUGGUGGUUCUGGUACUCACAGAUCCGGUCAAGCCGCCUUCGGUAACCAAUGUAGAAAGGGUAGAAUGUUCGCUCCCUUGAAGACCUACAGAAGAGUCCACAGAAGAGUCAAUGUCAACCAAAAGAGACACGCCGUCGCUGCUGCCCUCGCUGCCUCUGCUUUGGUUCCUUUAGUUUUCGCUAGAGGUCACAGAAUCUCCAACGUUUAGGAACUCCCCUACGUUUUCGAUGACUCCGUCGAAUCUUAUGAAAAGACCAAGCAAGCUGUUGCUUUCCUCAAGAGAGUCGGUGCUUACGAUGAUGUCCUCAGAGUUGCUGAAACCAAGGCACUCAGAGCUGGUCAAGGUAAAUUGAGAAACAGAAGAUACAAACUCAGAAGAGGUCCCCUCGUCGUCUACGGUAACGAAAAGUCCACCCUCACCAGAGCUCUUAGAAACAUUCCUGGUGUUGAUGUUUGCAACGUUAACAGACUUAACUUAUUAUAAUUGGCUCCUGGUGGUCACGUUGGUAGAUUCAUCAUCUGGACUGAAUCUGCUUUCAAGAAGUUAAACGAAAUCUUCGGUACUUACUCUACUACUGGUGUCCAAAAGAGCGGUUACCAAUUAUAAAGACCCCUCUUGGCCAACGCUGACAUCGCUAGAAUCAUCAACUCUAACGAAGUCUAAUCCGUUGUUAAGGUUGCUGGUACCACCGAAACCCACGAAAGAAAGAAAAACCCCUUGACCAACAACAACGCUCUCUUCAAGUUAAACCCCGCUGCUAAGAUCGUUAAGGAACAAGCUAAGAAGGCUGCUGAAGCUUCCAAGGCUAAGAGAUAAGCUACCCUCAAGGCCAACAGAAAGGCUGCCAAGACCCACAAGAAGGGAUCUCAAGCUUGGAUUGCUGCUUUCAACAAGGCUAACGAAGAAGCUAUUGCUAAGGCUAGAUAAGAAGAUGCUGAUUUCAUUGCUCAAGGUCAAGAAAUCAAGGAAGGUGACGAAUGA